GCAGUGGCUUGCUUUCCCCGCCCUUUCCAUCCGUCGGGAAGCCUGGAUUGUGGGCUGGGGGAAACCGCAGCCUCUCCCACCUGGUAACCCACUGCCCCCAGCCCCCAGCCCCUAGACACCUGCUUCAGGUUCUGGAGCCCCUUAAAAUCGCCAGCAAAUCUCUAGAAGAUUACAUCCUGGUACGGGAACAGAGCCAGAUUUCACACUGAGCAGCUGCAGACGGAGAAAUCAGAGAAAGCACAACCCAGCCCCAGAUUCCGAGGGGCCUGCUGGGGACUCUCUCCUUCUGCUUGGGCGGGAAGACCCCCGAGGCCGCUGUCUCAGGCUGGGUCCUGGCUGCCAUGGGACUUACAGCUGCUGCCUCCCAGCUGCCCUCAUCACUGCCAGGCAGAUAAGGGUGGCGCUGCCCCAGGAACACCUGCUGCCCCCUGCCUGACCGUCCUCUGUGGCCAGCCCUUCCCCUACUUUGGGCCACCUGUGCUGACCCGAGGCCAUGUAGGCCCCACUCCAGCCUCUGGAUAGACGCACGGCCGGGGACACUGCCUCUGCUCUCUGGGGGACCCAGCGCACCACCAUGCCCCGGGGACUCGCCUGGCUCCACUAUCUCGGGAUCCUCCUUGGCAUGGCCUUGGGUUUGGAGGUGUGGACCUUGACCCAGAACGAAGAGUGCGCCAUCACCGGGUCUCUGCGAGACAAGCUGCAGUACAGGAACCGCCUUCAGUACAUGAAACACUACUUCCCCAUCAACUACAAGGUCCCUGUGCCUUAUGAGGGGGUGCUCAGAGUGGCCAAUGUCACCAGGCUGCAGAGGGCUCGGGUGAGCCAGCAGGAGCUGCGAUAUUUGUGGGUCUGGGUGAGUCUCAGUGCCACUGAGGCAGUGCAGGAGGUGCUCCUGGAGGACCACCCGUCCAAGCAGUAUCUGGAGGAGAUACACAGACUGCUGGUGGACAUCCAGCAGCACCUUCUGGAUGUGGAGGUGGGCCCCAAGGUGGAAGCAGUGUUGUCUCUCCUGAGUGCCCCAGGGCUGAGCCUGAAGCUGGUGCGGCCCAAAGCCCUGCUGGACAACUGCUUCCGUGUCAUGGAGCUGCUGUACUGCUCUUGCUGUAAACAAAGCCUCGUCCUAAAUUGGCAGAACUGUGAGGUGCUGAGCCCUCGGCCUCACAGUCCAGAGCCCUCGUCACAGUGUGUGGCCACCCAGCUGUACCCUCUACGCCAGGAGCCCCCCACCUCCCUGCCCCACGCCCUGGGAUCCCAGGCUGGUCCCCCAGCUCAAUGAAACUGCUGAGGGCACAGGAGGAGGCCUCCUGCCCCAAGUAGCCUGUAUGGAGGAGCUCCCACAGUUCAACUGGGCCUCGGGCGUCACUGGGUGGUGAUGCUGAGCCCCCCUUGGGAGACGGUAUUUUUCCUUUCAGGAGGAUCCUGUGCCUAACGAGGGCUCAGCUUUCCUCCCCCCAUACGUCACCAGGAAUGGGGGGGGGUCUGGGGGCACCUGAAGGUGAGCAGGACAGAGCUCAUGGCCCCUCGUGGCACCACCCGGCUGCCUUGCUCAAGGCAGUGCUGUCUCCUGGGCCGCAGAAGGGAGAGCUGUGCCAGGUCGGCUGGUGGGCGUGGAGGGGACAGAACUCAGCAAGGCCGAGGAGAGGGCAGAGCCAAAUGCCGAAUCUUGCCACAGUGGGUGCUCUUCCAGUUUCUUUGUUUUCUAUUAAACACCCGCUUUGUUUUGUUUUGUUUUGUUUGGGUUUGCAUUUGCGAGGGUGAACCUGGAAUGGCUGCGAGCCCCUCCUCCACCUCGUGCUCCAGCUCCAGCUGGCCAAGUGCAAUGGGCAGCUGGUCGGCUCCAGGCCUGCGCCUGAGGGUUCCGACUUGGCAUGGGAUGGAGCCUGGCCAGGGGGCCGGAAUGGUGGACAUGUGAGGCACUGAGUUCCUCCCAGCCCCACCUUAGCACAUAGGGCCUCAGUGAGGCCGAUGCAGCACAGCAGGAGGUGCCGUCAGACUGAGCCCUGCAGUGCCUGCUGGCCAGCUUCCUCCUCCAUCUGGCUGCCUCAAGACAGGUCCCCUCAGGGGCAGAGCUGCGGCAGGCCUUCAAAGGUAUGCAUCCUGGCACAAGACUCAGUCCUGCUACACAAAGGCCUGGGCUCCCCGGGAGCACCUCACCCCCUCAGUCUGGAAUCUGGAUGGGAAAGGGGGUGCUGCAGGCGGCAGGUGAGCCGCAGCAGAGGAAGCAGGCGGAGGCGUGGGUGUUACAGUACAACUUUAUUAAUACUGGGGUCUUCACAGUGCAUUUGUUACUUGUAGCAGUGACUAUUUAAAUCAGGGCAGGAUGGGGCUGAGGGGAGAGGAGAAUUUAUCCAAAAACUGACAGAAAGAAAAGAAACAAAAUGGUUCAGAUGGGAUGGGGGGAGAGGGGGUGCAGGGGGGAGGUGAAGGGAACAAAGACUGAGUGGGAACCAUGAGGGGAGGCCUGGGGUGGGAAAAUAAAUUAAAAGAAGGAACAAGUUAACAACAGCACCAGAAAAGUUACUUCAGUCAAAAGAGUUUGAAAAGAAUAUUUCUCUGUACAAAAUGAAAAAUAAAACGAACGUAAGGAAGUCCCCCAAACCAAAGUCUGAUGCGGGAUGGCUGGCUCGGAUCCCGGGGAGUGGGCCUACACGUGGUCACUAGACGACGAGAGGUGGUCAGAGGGACGGGGUUUAUGUACAGCCCUGGGUGGCUUGGAGGGGAGGGGCAAGUGGGGGUGGCUGGGAUGGCUGUGUCCCCCCGACCCCCCCUCCAAAGCCACCCCCACUCCCCAGGAGGCAAGCUCUUCCUCUCUGGAAGCCAAGGACCCAGCCUCCCUCCUACCCCACUGCUCCUCACCCUGCUCCCCUCACACUUCCUGCAUCCUACUCCGCACGCCCACCUGGGCGGUGCCCUGUGCAGCCCUGAGGAAGGGGCCAUGGAGACUCCACCGCAGGGCUGCCCGCACCAGCCCCUCUGCUCUUGCAGCCUCUUCAGGGCUCCUUGGUCUGGGCCCCGUCCAGGUGCUCAAACCUGGGCUCUGAGGUUGGCCGCAGUGCUCAGCAAGGUGGUUUUCAGACCUCGUGACUUACAGGUACUGUUCUACGUUGCCCUGGGGGAGCUGGGGGUUCCAUCCACUUGGGGGCACCUUUGGUUCCCCAGCCCCACCUGGCCAUGCUGCCUGGGUCCCAGUUCCGGGCACAAGCACUACCAGGAUCGCUAGCUGGUGCUGGGAGACUCAGAGCAAUCCUGUCCGGGCCCUGCCACCCUUUGAGCUCGGCUCUCUGCUGGCCUGCAGGACCUCAUGAAGUCCUCCACUCGCUGGAGGCACACCUACUUUUACCUGUUUAGAGUUGGCACAACUUGGUGCAAGGAGGGGGAAAGACACUCCCAGCUCGCCCCACCCCUGCUUUGCUGCCAGAACAGGCCAGGACUGCAGGGCUGGGGUGGGUAGUGCGUCCUGGGAUGGCAUCUCCUCUGGCAACAGAGAGUCAAAGCCAAUCUCCCGGGACGUGCCCCUGACCCGGCCUGGCCUGGAAAAUCUGCCUCCCUGGCCAUCCCAACCUUAAUUUGGCUUUGCUCCAGACGCUGGAGAGAACAGCUGCUCCCUGGCUUUUGGGGAGCCAAUUCAGCCCUCCUCGUCCUGCCAUGGUCCAUCAGGCCACUGUAAGGGCCCCCCGUCCGUCAGGCACUCUUGAACACACCCUGUAUCGUCCACCCUGUCCCCACAUACGGUCCUUGUCCAGUCAGCUCCAUUUUACAGUCAUAACCCCACAUC